UCCCGUGGUGCCAUGAACUGCUUUCGUUUCCCAUGGUUCCUAGAGAACAGCCCCACCCAAAUAUACAAAAAGUUGUGGGUAAGCUCGGCCAUCAAAGACAGACAGGUAGAAGUUAGGGUUCGGUUUGAAAUCAUCAGUUACUGCCCUGUAGGUUUGUUUGAACGCUUGUCUGUACAGAUCAAUGAUCUCGUGACUAGGGUUACCGAAUGGAAGGACGGAACUCUCGUGAGGACAUUAAACGACAGGCUCCUGUUGCUGCAGCGCACGAAGGAACAUAACGUGACAUAUCUACUUCUUGCCACACGUGUACCGGGGCGUGAGCUGGACCAAGGAUGGGCAGAUCUCAUGCCUAUCGUGAACAAAGCGGCUGGACUGCUCAAGGAAUGGCCAGGUGUGUUGUCGUAUUUGUUCGUGGACUGCGGACAUUGUUUCGGGAGGCUGGACAGUCAGGAAUGGUCGAAUUUGUCCUCCCGGGAAAUCGGUCACUUUCCCGGAGAGGUGCUGUAUACAGACCGUCCUGUUCACCUGACUUGCCCCCGUACCGGUGACGACAUCAACCCAGCUUUGGUGUAUCCCUCUUCACCACCCCGGAAGUCCAAUCCAGGCCUUCUCAGUGACGUAGGAAUGUUAUGCCUUGCAAAGCAGCUCGGGAAGGAAUGGAAAAGUCUUGCCAUUGAGCUAGGAUUCACCCUGGCAGAAAUCCAGCGCUUACAAAGUGAUAACCCGUUCAGCACCGAGGACAGCAUCUUCUCGAUGCUGGUGCAGUGGAGGCGCCGCCAGGGGGCGUCAGUAAACGUAAGCGCCUUGGCAGCAGCCCUGACCGCCGCUGGCAGGAAGGACCUGGCUGAUAGCGUUUUGGAACACCUGUGAUAGUAUUAUCGAAACAGUCGCUAGCGUUAAAUGCCAAAUCUUAAUCUUGCCACGAUGUCAAUUACAAUAAUUACAUGCUUGGGUAUAUGAUAAGUAUGAUUAAUAUUUCUCAACCAUGUCGGGCAGU